AUGAUUGAAGACGUCACAAUCGAGGAUUUGUUAGGACCAGAAUACGUGCCUGUGGAUGGGGAUCGAGUACUUUCGCAGCAGGAGCACUCCGCACUUUCCCAGCGCCUACGGGAAAUCCCUUCGCAGCCUAUAAACCUAGAAAACGAUGAGUUGAGGGUCCACGGACGAUCAUGGACCAAAGAGUACAUGGAUGCUCUUAGAGUAGCCCACCUCGAUAACCUACCUCUGGACCGCUUCUUUCCUCCAGAUUAUAUACCCGGAGACACUGAUCCUGUUUUCUCUUCACUUGCAGCUGAAGUCACGCAGCUUAAGGAAGAUGAUAUCCGCUCUUUCUCGCUGGAAAAGUGCUCAAUAUCUGCGGUCGGGUUCAUAAAUUUCUUUAAUCAUUUGGCUGAAUUAGUGACAACGGGAGAAGCGAUUCUACCGGAGUGGCUGCACAGCGACUCUAGCAGUGAAGUUCUUCCCACAUCAGAUGAAAAAGAUGGAGCAGAAUACACUGCUCGAUCAUGUCUUAUAUCGCUUCUAGUGGGAAUCGUGGCAAAACCGUCUCUCGGAGAAAUUGUGCCAGGAUGGGAAUUCAUUGUUAGUAGCGGAAGGAAGAAGUCAUGCAAAAUCUGGCUGGGAAAUAGCGGCAAAGUCAAAGCUCCGAACGACGAACCCAUCACAUUGAGGACCUGGGACUCUGUUACAAGGGAAAAUAUGAUAUCGCAGAUUCCGUUGGUUUCCCUCGAGGCAAAGGCGCGACGCCCUGGGGACCCCGAUCCAUUUAACUGGGACACCUUUGCGCAGGAGGUCGCAAAACUCCUCGGUCAAGCAAUGGCAUCAUGCAAGGAAAUGCAUGGCGGCUGGAAAGACCAGGAUGCGUGGCUUAUAUCAAUCCACGGCACCGAGGUUCGUCUCGUUACGGCGCGCUUCAAGGAAGGGUAUCUCCGUCAAGUGAACAGCUCAAUGGUCGCACGGACUGAGUAUCUUGUCGUUUUCCGCUCUCGUCCUUUUGAUCUUAUACUGGACGAGGGUCGUGUACAAGCAGUCAAGGCAAUAGUUGCCCUGUUGCGCUGGAUCAAGUCCGGUAGCUCUCUGCAGUCAACCAUGCACGGGGUGCUUAAUGCUGCGAGGUCCGGGGCGUAAGCAUUCAGUACAUGGUCUAGUCUGCCAUUGUUGAUUGUGAGUGGAAGUCUUUCCUGCUUUAUGUCAUUCAUUUUUGCUUUUCCUUUCCUUGUGAGAAUUUUUUAUUUAUUCAUCUUUGAAUUUUCAAUUUGGCAUUGAUCUGGCAAGUAUUGAUUUCUCGAUUGUACUUCCUUGUGUCAGCGCACAAAGCGUACAUCCAGACGACGAUCUGUCAGUCAUCCGUUUGCAGGGGGUUCUUUGACAUCCUAAUUAUACGACAGAACCUAAGACCUAGAUCCGUUAUAUGCUAUAGGAGAUAAAUAUUGGUUCAUCCACCCCCACCCCGCAAAACUGGAGUCAAGCAAGUAAUUCAAGC